AUGAACCAAUUCCAACAACCCCAACAACAACAACAACAGAUUCCAAUAUACCAGUAUCAGAACCUCCAAUAAGCUCAACAAAUCACGAAUCCAAUCAUAACGAUACCACAACGAUUCCAAACCCAAUAGAACCCAAUAGAUCUAGAUCAAGUACAUGGUCCGACAUCUUCCGAAGAAACUCAUUAACCCAUCCGAUUCCCACGACUUCGACUCCAGACCCUACCCGAACCCAUCCCACAACCACAACCUUACCACUUUCCCAACCCAGUACACCUUUAUCGAACCAAACCCCACUAAACCCAACCCAUACACCCACCAAUUCAUUUUCCCUAUCAUCCAUUACCUCAGCCCUAAAACGACCCUUACUCUCAACCCCUACCAACCCACCGAUCUCUCUUCCCACCACGACCCACUCAAGUCCAUCCCCAACCCAUCGAUCUCAAACCUUCCAAACCGAACUCUCACCAGGCGGAACAAGUGCCGAUCCAGAUCCCACACCAUCAGUACCACCACGUCUGAUAGUAGAAGAAGAACCGAUGGAAGAAUCAUUAGGAUCGUUUGAUUUUAAUCAUUUCUUGGAUCAAAUGCGUUGGAGACAAUCUGAACCGAUUGCGAAAUACUUGAGAUCUUUUUUGAAAGAGUUUAAUAAACGAAGUUCUUUGGAGAAUGGAUUGUGUAAUAUUUCAGAACAGGUUAGAGUCGUUAAUGAUUUUUUAGAUUUUAUUAGUAUUAAGAUGAGAGAAAUUAAAGGAGGUCCAUGGGAUCCGAGUAUAUGUAGUGAUGGAGAAUUCGAUCAUGCAAUAGAAGCCAUGGAAAAACUAGUGAUGAACAGAGUAUGGCAUCUAACAUAUACACCAGCCUUACAAAACGAAUUCCAACCAUCUGUCACAGAUGAUUUAGAAAGAGAUGAAGUCUUGAGUCAAAAAUUUAAUUUGUUUCAUUGGAUCAAUGAUUUACACUUAGAUUUGAAGUUAGAAAGAGAUGAAUCAGAUGGGUUUUUAGAGUUUGCUAAAACUGAGCUACUUAAAAUUAAUGAUUAUAAAGCACCAAGAGAUAAAAUGAUUUGUAUUUUAAAUUGUAGUAAAGUUAUCUUUGGAUUGAUUAGACAUAUUUCUAAAUCUGAAGGUGGUGCAGAUAUCUUUGUACCGAUCUUAAUCUUGGUCGUCUUAAGAGCAAGACCCGAACAUUUAAUUUCAAAUCUUCAGUAUAUUCAACGGUUUAGAAAUCCAGAUAAAUUACAAGGUGAAAAUGGAUAUUAUCUUUCAAGUCUAAAUGCAGCCAUCUCAUUUAUUGAAAGAUUAGAUUAUUCAGUUCUUUCGAAUAUUUCACAAGAAGAAUUUGAAUCGAAUGUAGAACAAGCGAUUUCGAGCUUACCAAGAUCACCUAGCCGAUCAACCCAUCCGAACACCCACCCCGAAUCGAAUCCUGAACCCAAUACAUCUACAUCAUCUAAAGUUAAUCCAGACCAUCCAGUUAGACCACCCUUGAUGAGUGGAUCGAGUUCGAUACCUGAUUUAACCCGAACCUGGUUAUUCAAUACCGUACCGAACUUGGCUGAAAAAGCCGUAAGUAGACCAUUGAAUGCGAUUGCAAGAAUAGUAGAUGAUCUUUCACAUGAUCAAGAAGAAAUGAGAACAAUCCACCAAAGCCAAACACAUGAAGAGAAUCGAUUAAGUUUACCAAGGCCGAGUGUACAAGACUUUAGAAGGAACAGUAGUCCGAAUGUGGUGAUGAGUAAUAACAGAAGAAGAGGAUCUCGACCAUGGGCAUUGAAUUCGGAAGAAUUAAAGGAAGAAGCACAAGAAGAAGAAGAAGAGAAAAGGAAUCGGUUUGAGAAAUUGAAGAGAGCUGAACAUGAAGCUAAACUUGAUACGCUUUGUUCGAUCUUUGGUGAACUUGAAAGAGAAGUACUUGAAGUUGUUUUGGUCACUCAUCAUGGUCAAUUGAGUAUUGCUAUUGAUUCGGUUUUGGAAAUGAGUUGAAAGACAAACAAGAAGAAACAGUGAUGUGAAUGAAUGAAGAUGAUGAUGAUUGAGAAUGUAGAGUAGAACAUCUUUUAAGAUUGGAUUGGUUUAAUGUUUUUGAUUUGAGCAUUGUGAAUUGUGAAGUUGAUAUGGUUUUGAAUUUCUUUAAGUUUUGUUUUAUUAAAUUGUUUUUUAUAUUAUACAAUAUUAAAUAUGAAAAAAGUAAAGAAAAAGAGUUGAUUGAAU